GUCUUACCUUUGGCAUCUCCAGCAGCAUCGAUGGUAGCAAUAUGGCAGCCUCCACGGGAGAUACGUCAAUUGAAUGGUCAACCGCAUGCAAUAUCACGUAGUACUGGUAGUACACCGUGUGACUGUGUUCUUUGGUUACGUGCGAACAUUUCUCUUAACUCCAGAACAAGUGUGAAGCAUCCUUCCAUUGCAAAGCAUGACCGAGACAUCAAACAGCGAGUUGAAAGGCCACUACGCGCGGACGCUCACACAAGAGGAAGCCGCCAAGCUCGCGAAGGAUACGGUUUUGGUUUCAGAGUUCAAGAGACUCAAGCUCGAAGCCGAAGCUCAGAAAAACUGGGACCUCUUCUACAAGCGAAACGAAACUCGCUUCUUCAAGGACAGACACUGGACUAAGCGAGAGUUCGAGGAACUCGCCGCCAGCGGUUCAGACGUGCCGAGCGUUUCGGAUAGCGAGAGGCCGGUGCUACUGGAAAUCGGCUGCGGUGUCGGCAAUUUCGUAUUCCCGCUCAUCGAGGAAAGGACGAGCUAUUACAUAUACGCUUGCGAUUUUUCUCCGCGCGCUGUCCAGUUCGUGAAAGCGCACUCGUUGUACGACCAGCGCGCUAUCAAGGCUUUCCAGUGCGACAUAACCAAGGAGCGCCUCGUCGAUAACGUUCCCCGCGAAGGCGUCGACGUCGUCACCAUGAUAUUCGUCCUAUCCGCCAUUCAACCCGAUAAAAUGAGCGAAGCGCUGAGGAACGUGCACGAAGCGCUGAAGCCCGGGGGCCUUGUUCUGUUCAGGGACUACGGCUUGUUCGACCAAGCGAUGCUGAGAUUUGCCCCCGGCCACAAGAUAGACACCAAUUUCUACGUGCGCCAAGAUGGUACAAGGGCCUUCUACUUUUCAGAGCAGUUUCUAGAAAGGCUGUUCUUGGACGCCGGCUACGAAGUAGUGAGCAACGAAUACGUGUGUCGUGAGACGGUAAACAAGAAGGAAGGCAUAUGUGUGCCUCGCAUAUUUGUGCAGGCAAAGUUCAGGAAGCCACGAAACAACUCCCAAGAAGAAAGUUAUAUUGCCGCAAGCAGCUGACGUGUCAAUGUUUUUGUAGAGAGAUAUAAUGCAUUGGAGUUCAAGUAAUGACAUUUAUUGAAUUUUCAUGACAAAGUGCAUGUGUUGAGUGCAUUUGUUGAUCAACACAAAGUGUGUUAAGAUUGUGAGUAACGUGACGUCGCGAAGAUGUGGUGUAACUGCUGUCAGUGUAGGUGUAGGCCAGGUGUUCCUUAACUUUCUGGCCUUGGGGUGUUAAAAAUUAAAUUAUGGAGUUUUACGUGCCAAAACCAUUUUCUGAUUACGAGGCACGCCGUAGUGGAGGUCUCCGGAAAUUUCGACCACCUGUGGUUCUUUAACGUGCACCUAAAUCUAAGUACACGGGUGUUUUCGCAUUUCGCCCUCAUCGAAAUGCGGCCGCCGUGGCCGGGAUUCGACCCGCGACUUUGUGCUCAGCAGCUUAACACCAUAGCCACUAAGGAACCACGGCGGGUGCCUUGGGGCGUUAUAAACGGGCUAUGAUGAUGAUGAACCCCUUGUAACAAGUGGGUUAUUUUAAAGCACCCUAGCCGUAGAAAAUAUAUAUCUGGCAAAAAGGGGGAGGAGGAGAAAAAGGAAAGAGAGGGGUUAGAGAGGGCUGACCCCAGCUUUUUUGUACACACAGGCCGACCUGAUGCACAGACAUUGAUAUUGAAACGCUGGAUUUCACUUGUUCCCCUCAGAGUUGGUCACUCCGUGUUGUUGCCAAGUCAUGUGCCACCACUGUGCCAGUCUUGUCCCUCAUUGCUCACGCUGCAUUAGACACCACUGCACCCCGUUCCCACACUCUGUGUGUCGUGGGCACAAACCAGCAUACCGGAGGACUAGGUGUUCCAGGUUUUCUUCCUCUAGGCCACAAGUCUGACAUAUGGGGUCAACGGACAGGUCAAAAUGGCGCCAGUACACAAGCAUGCACAGUGCCUCAAAGAGGAGCAUACUGCCACCGUUAUCGCACAGCUCCUCCAUUUUAAUGUUGGUUUUGCGAGUGCUGUACAUCCGCAAGGUAGAUUUUGCCACCAUUGCAUUUCGCAACCUCAUGGUCCCCUCUUCAGACACCUGUGUCUUUAUGGCCACUGUCCACUUGGGCUCCCAAACCUCGCAUACUGGUUUUGCAAGAACUUCAUAUUUGUCGCGCAGAAAUUGAACCCGCUUGCACCACUGGGUUUGUUGGCCUGUUAUGUAGGUGUAUCUAAACACAUGCCUGGGCCAUCGUGUGUUGCCCAUGAGAUGCAGACGUCCUUGUAUAGGAAAGCUUGCUCCUUGCUUCACAUGCCUCGUACGUGGACCAACCCAGAUUACCCUGAAUGGCCUCAAUUGCAAUGCGCCCAUGACAGCCAAGGGCCAGAUGGCCCACCUCUCGCUGCCCUCGCUCCAACCACUCCCUAGACAGCUGAAUUUGCAAAAGUGAGGCCAGGGACAUGCACAGAUUGCCACGCAUCUCAAACAAUCAGGAAGCGGUAGCACCCCCACAGGCUUUUCCAACAUCGAAUGUUUGCUGCUCUCUGUGAUGUUUUGCGUAGGUUCUCCUUGUGACUCGCCAGCACAUCAUUUAUCACGCUGAACACCACAACGCGGUACCGGUAUUCCGUGGCCCACUGUAUUGGUUCACCUCCAGGCAGGUGUACGUUGGCAUUGGCCUGUGGGCCUGAGGAGCACCAACAUGGCAGGUUUUCUUGCGUUACAGCUAAGGUUGAGGUGGUGUAGGCAGGUCGCAGAGAGCGUAACCAACUGUUGAAUGCCAUUUGGGCUCUCUGCUAAGAGGACUGUGUCGUCAGCGUAAACUAAACCAGGCAGCUCCCAAGUCAUGGGGCUUGCGUCGUACGUGUGCCUAAAGGAAAAGUCGCCUCCAGCUGCUAAAAGUGCUCGCUCCAGUCCAGAAACAUACAAAAUAUGUAGCAUCGGUGACAUUGGACAGCCCUGCUUGAGUCCCCGCAUCACGACUACUAGUUGGGAAUGGACUCCACUAAAGCGUGCAAUGACUUGUGUUGUUUUUGUACAGCCAGCAUCUAUACUUCAGGCAUGCGUGUGUCUGUAAUACUAUGGAAAAUAGGUGAUCAUAGGGGACACUGUCAUAUACCUUUGAUACAUCCAGAAAGCACCCAUAGAGGCUUCUCAACUCCUUGCGGGCUACUUCCACUGUUUGAGUCAGCAUAAAAAGAUUGUCCUCUAGGCGCCUGCCAGCUAGAAACCCAUUUUGUAGUUCUGUGACAGCGUCGUUCUCUGCCCAUGCACUCAUCCAUGUCUUCAGGAUUUGUGCAAAGAUACAGUAUAGGAUGCUUGUUACUGCCAACAGUCUGUAAUCGCUAUACAGCAAGAGUUAGUGCCCUCUAUCCAAUGAAGUCAUGUAUGCGACAAGGCUGGCUACACCUUGGGGGCUUUUGGACAUCAUAGAAUUCAAACAUGUCUGCCUGUA